AUGGAGAACGUUGAUUCAGUCGAUGUGAGCUGGCUGCAUCAUUCUCACAAAGAUCCGUCAGUUCCAAGAAAUAGCCCCGAUCCGAUGUUGCCAGACCCAACCACCGUCGCAAGUUCACUUCAAACAAAAAAAUACAAUCCAACCAAUGACAGCUCUCCUUUAUCCCUAUCCCAGACACUACCGUCCCCCGCGAUGAGCCCUCGACCGGUACCAUCAAAACAAAAAAAAGGAGGCACUGUAACGGAGAUCAAUGAAUCUACGCCUUUGCCUCCUUUACCGUCCUUACAAACAAGUGGAAGUACAGGUAAACCCUUAAGCACGAGAGGCCCGCCAGCUCGUCGCAAUUCUUGGAUAUCCAGCCUUAGCCAGAAAUUUUCUUCGAGCGGCUCAACUACCCCGGCGCAAAGUAACGUGAAAGAUGCAAAUGCGAAGCAGCCCGCUCAAAGCCCACGCCAAGAGCUGCACAACCCUUUUGGUGCAUCGUUCUCUCCCAAGGACAAGAGUGACAAGAAGGAUGAAUUGACGAGCCCCUUUGAGUUACGCUCUCCAAAGAGUCAACCUUCGUUUUUCCAUAAUGCAUUCCGGAAACUAUCUUCCUCUUCGUCUACAGGUGUUGUGCUAGGAAAGAUGGCAUCGCAGGGGGUAAUUAUUGAACGAAGGGUUAUGAAUAUUGACCAGCAUCGCGAUAGAUGUAAGAUUGCGGAGCUGGAUCAGGCCAAGCUCCGCCGUGUUGCCUUUUGUGUCGAUGUGGAAAUUGCAGGGACCUCCCGCAGGUCGGAAUCUGAAGAGGAGGAGACACACCAGCAGCCUCCCCAACCCCCACCACAGCAGGCACAUCCACAGCCGCCGGCAAAAAAGAAAUCAACAAUGGUUGACCAAAUCAGAGUUUUUAAAAGACAAGAUUCCAAACUUGCUGAGAAGGGAGAGGGCUCAACUGGCCAGUCAUCGCAACCAGGUGCUAAUGAACGACCAACCGAGGCGGCACAAAGUACAGAUCCUACUAGCAGUGAAACGAAACCUGCAGAACUGAAUAAAGAAAAGGAAAAACCAGCUUCUGGCAAAGAACCGACGAGAAAGCAGGAGAAGAAGAAGAGGUCUGAAGGCGAACGGAAGGAGCGCAAGGAGAAGAAAAGAAGACAGGCCGAAGCCAACGGGACCAUUCCUAUUCAACUUACGCGGGACGGUGAAUCAGGCGCCUCAGUUCCCCUCCGCCCCACGAAGGGUCAGGAACAUCCCACUACUGACCCUAUCCGAAUAUACCGCCGUUGUUGUCAACUACGGGAAACCGGGGUUUUGAAAAAGCUUGUGGAGCAGAUCUCGUCUCCCUCUUCGGGUCUUGCAGAGUCUCCUGGGACUAUUGCUGUGCUAGAUCUCAGCGGAGUUUGCAUGUCCUUUGCUGACCUUGUUACCUUCAGUGAUUGGCUUGCUAUUGUUCCGGUCCGGAAGUUGAUAUUACAAAAUUGUGGCCUCACUGAUGAAUCUGUGCGAGUGAUUCUUGCUGGGCUUCUGUCUACAAGGACUGUCGAGAAAGCAAGGCUAAGAAGAAGCCAUUUCAAAAAGCGUAACGGCGGCAAAUCUACUCACGAUGAUAAACUGGGGGUAAUUGAGAAGCUGUCACUCAAGGAUAAUCCAAAGAUCGGUCACGAUGGAUGGAGAUAUAUUGCUCUUUUUAUCCACAUGUCACGAUCCUUGAUCGGGAUAGACCUCUCAGGAAUCCCUUUUCCGCAAGCUUCAAUCCCGACGAUUGGGCCAAGCCCUUCAUCUACGAACCGGAGUAAGCCAAAUACGGAAAUAUCUACUGUUUUCGCAAAUGCAUUGGCCGAGAGGCUCGCAGGGAACCACUUGGAGGAGCUGGUUAUUAGCGAGUGUUAUCCAUCUGCUGAAGACUUUGCGAAAAUUUGCGCAGCUUGCCGGGCUGUUCAACUGCGAACGAAUUUGGGGGUUGCACACAACCAAUUGACAGCUUGGAACAUGUUAAUUUGA